AUUUUCCUUCUCUUUUUUGAAUGAAACUCCAGUACCAUUUGGGAAGAGGUCAUAUAGGUACAUCAAUGAAAGCAAAGUUAUACCACCUGUUGGAGCAAAGAUCAAGUACAUGCCGGCAUUUUGUUAUUCCUUUAUGGAGGGGAAGCGGCUACGUCAACAUAUUCCUUCAAGUACAAACUCCUUACAUGAUCUUCACCAGCCUUGAGGAUUACAAAGCAAGAGGAACUCAAGCAAGCCCUUACUUCACUGUCACCUACUACACUGAGUUUGCAGAGACCAAGGGCUUGGUGCUCGUUCGCGGAGACAUUGUGCUCACCAGCAAGCUCACUGAUGAUGAAGCACGCUGGCUUGUGCAAACGGUUUGA